AUGGCGCCACAGAUAGCUUCGGCAAUAUCAGCAUCAAUGGCGGCAAAGGCGCAAAACACAACUAUUGUUAGCGACAUUGCUGAAUCCCUGCGUAAUUUGCCAGCCGGGAACAAAUUAUCAGUGCGCGUGAUCACCACUGCUGAUCACCAGGUCGACUCGCUAACCCCACAGCGGCGCUUUAGCCACUUUCAUUCAUCAUCGACAAUGUCGCGGCGAACUCUGAUCUUUGUCUCGCAAGGUGAAUGCUUAGUUGCCGGACUCGAGGCUCACGAGUUCACCUCUAUUUCCGUCCAAGUCAGCAGCGGGCAGAAUACGAGCCCAUCGGUGGCUGUCGACGUAUGCAUCGAGAAAGUCGACACCUCGGGGGAGCUUUCCAUCCGAAUGCCACUUGUCAGUGCGCUUAUUGCCGGCUAUAUGCGCUCUCUGCGCAGAUACAGGGCGCCGCUUGGGAUUGACACUGUCAGUGUGCAUUUGUUUGCGCGCGCUCAGCCAGAGUACCUAUUUGCAAAAUCCCAGGGUAAUCCUGGCAAGCGCAUUCUCGACGACUUGGCGCUGAUCAAGUGGUGGCAGGGCACACUGCAGGCAGGCCUUGCCUACGCGAUGGUAAGCGACAAUAGCACCGCAAGUAGCCUGACUGCAAUAGCAAACUGCAUUGUUCCUGGAACAAGCGUAGGCGAGGCUCCUUGGUUCCUGGGCGCCCAGAGCGGAAUACGAGUGUCUGAGGCAGACAAAGCUAUCGAGCAGCUGGCAACGGGCAUGAUGGCAAAGUGCGAUCCCACCGACACCGCAUUGAGUGUUUACAGCAAAGCGCCCCAUACUGUGCAGUGGAAAUGGGGGCUUCCAUACGACGACACCGCUCGCGCUCAUGAUUGUGUUUUGCAGUUCCCAGACGACCCAAUGACCCGCUUGCUCUCGGAACCUCACUCCAGCGCCUGGUCAGUGCACACUCUGCUUGAAAUGCUUUCUGUCAGCGAGGAGUGCGGCACACCUGUUUGCGCUUCUGCUGAUACUGAUGGCACUGCCGAACAGGGUAAGCCUUCCUUUGACGACUAUGACAGGGCUCUUGUUGCGCUGUUUGACCGCGGUAUGGAUUUUUCUUCGUCUGAUAGCGCGCUCGCUUCGUCUCGGCGCUUCACAGAAUACAUCGAUACACAACUUGGUAUUGCAUCUGUUGCAGUUGAUACCACUGGUGCUGCAGUUGCGCCGAGGCACAGCGAAACCAAGGCAAAGGAAGCUCCCAAAGUCAACGACCUCACUAUGAGCAUUCGCAAAAAGCGCAAGGUCACUGAGUAG